UUUCUCCUCGCAACAAAAACCAUCUCAAAAUUGUUUUUGUUUUUUUAAUUAAAAAAAAAAAGGAAAAAAUGGCAAAUGAAUUUCAGUCACUGAUCGGAGAAGAUGCAUUUGAAUCCGUCGAGUUCGACGUCGUCUCCGAUUCUGAGUCAUGGCAGGUUGUCGGUCACUCCGACUCCGACGACGGUGACGUCAUCACCACCGACGAUGACGUCAUCACCACCGACGAUGACGCCACCACCACCAUCGACGACGAGGAGAGUGAAGGUGUGCCGGAUGUUGAUGAUCUAAUUGAACGUCAGUUUGGAUCUCCGGUGUCUGAUAUUUCGGUAAAAUCGCUUGUUGAUGAGAUCGCUCCGAUUCACUCUCAGGAGGAAGUUAAACCUGCGUAUCUAAGUUAUCGGAAGCGUCAGAUGAUCGGCGAUUACGUGGCCGCCUUGAAAUCCGGUGGUUUGAUCGACGGCGUUGAUGAUCCGUACCAAAUCACUCAGGAAGUUAAAAAUGUGGGAUACGAAAUCGGUAACAGCCUUAGGGUGAUUAAUGAUUGUUACAAUGAGGAGGAGGAGAGUGAGGAUUCGGAUGUGGAGGAAGACGAUAAUUCGGAUUUGGAUGAUGAACUGGUGCCGAAAUGGUUGAGUAAUAAAUUCGAAAGACAACGGAUGAGGAAAUUGGGGAAAAGAGUGUAUCCGAAGAUGAAGAAAUCGAAAAGGAUGGUUAAUCAGUAUAACAAGCCAGGAUGUGUUCAUGGAAAACAUGGGUUAGGAUUGAAGCAUAAUCUCAUUUACUAAAGUUCCAUUUCGAUUAUGUUAAUUUGAUGUUGAUGAUGCUUUGAUUUGAACUAUGAAAUGUGCAGAAGUAAAUUAGGGUUUAACCGAUUGUUUUUUUACGGAUUAUGGUUUAGGAUUUUAGGGUAAUUUGGAUUUGGAAUUGAAUUGAAUGUACAGAUGAAGAAGAACCAUUUCUAAUCAAAAUGCAUUAUGAUAAUGAUCUAUAUGACUA